AUGUCCUCCCCAAAGGACUCCAAGAAGUCCAUUCCUCCCGUGACUAAGGCUGAAGAAUCCAACAUCGAAGACUCUAAACAAUCUGACAAUCAGCCAGCAAAUCCCAAUACCGCUUCCCAACCUCUCGCCCCUCCUCCACGCCCCAACGCGUCGAACGAUACGCCCGAUUACUUUAAUACCGUCCACAACCCGUUCUCGCUCGAGCCAAAUGUCUUCGAACAGUCCUUUGGGAACCCGUCACUAGAGACACCGGGAGGGCGCACUGUUCUUCCACCUGUUGCCAACAUCACUUCUCCGUCGCCAUUGCCAGGUAUUACUCCUGGGUGGCAGUCAUUACGGUCUGGCCCAUUGAGUCCUGCAAUGCUCACUGGCCCUACAGGUCAGAGUGACUAUUUCAGUGAGUCAUUCCGCGGAUUUCCCACGCCAAACGAGUCGUCCCUCCGCACGGGUCUCACGCCUGGAGGAGGGGGUUCUAUGUUCCCAGUGCCUAGUCCGAAUACGCAAGCCAUAUUCAACCUCCAAAGCGGUGGUGUCACCCCAAGUACUGCCGACUUCCAGCAAUCAGCUCUGCGCGCAGCCGCACAGGCUAACCAAAACAAGCUGCCAACAACUAGCGCGCCCACCUCCCAACCCGAAGCAGCACCAGCCGGAAUGGAUCGCCAGAACUACCAACAGCAGCAGCAAAAAGGCCAGCAUGACCCCUAUGCUAACCAUGGCCAUGAUGUGAGCAAUGCUGCCAACGAUCUACUCUCUUUCGCUACCCAGAACGGUACUCGUAAUGGCGUCCAACCAUUCGCCAUGCCCAAUCAACCUCAGCAGCAAGUGAACAGCAUGGGUCAUAUGCCCGUUCAGCCCGUUGCACAAGAAAAUGGACGACGCAACACGAAAGGCUCAAUAUCCCAUAGCAUCUCGGGCUCCGCUGACACUGGCGACUUCUCUGAUAGUGGCCAUAGCGAGCAAGCAAAGACGACGCGCUCACGUGCGUCGAAGAAGGGAUCUGCUAAUGGCAAACAAGCUGGUGGUAAGCGAAAAGCGACCGAGGAUACUUCGAAGGGAGGGAACAAGAAGGCUAAAUCUAAUGGCACUCUCGAUGAGAUGGAAGAAGACUCGGAUGAGGGGACUAGCCCUAAAGGUGAGGGUGAGGGAGGUAAGAAGAUGACUGAUGAGGAGAAGCGAAAGAACUUCCUUGAGCGAAAUAGGGUUGCUGCCCUCAAGUGUCGCCAGCGGAAGAAACAGUGGCUUACGAAUCUCCAAGCUAAGGUCGAAAUUUACAGCACUGAGAAUGACGCCCUCACGGCGACAGUCGGCCAACUUCGCGAAGAAGUCGUGAAUUUAAAGACUCUGCUUCUGGCUCACAAAGACUGCCCAGUCUCCCACGCCCAGGGACUUGCCGGCAUGAACAUGAAUACCUUCCUGGGUGGCGAGCUCGGGAACCAUCAAAACCCAUACGGCAUCGCUCAGAUGCAACCUGGUAUGGGCAUGGGAGUACCGCAACAAGGUCCCCGGUAA